AUGACGGGACGCCGCUCUGCCGGGGGCAUCGCCCUUUGCCUGCUGCCGUGGAGCUGCCUCAGCGUGGCCUGUGGCGACGCUGCCGCCGCAUCGCCCAGCGCGGGGCCGGUGCUGCCUGGAGCCGCUGCCAACGGGACCUCGGGGCACAGCAACGGUUCAGCCGAGUGCACGGCCCUCGUCCCGCCGCGCUACGGAUCCUACGACGUGGAGAGGGGCUCUGGCAGCUCGCUGGGCUCUGUCGUCGCUUACUGGUGCCAGGAGGGCUACCAGCUGGUAGGCAGCGAGAGGCUGGUGUGCCUGCGUCGGGACGGCGUCUCCGCCUGGAGCCACCACCCGCCCCACUGCGAGGCCGUCCCCCGUCCCCACGACAAGGGCUUCCGCGUGGCCGUGGUGGCCUCGCUCGUCAGCGGCGCCAUCAUCCUGGCGCUGUCCGUCUCCUUCGCCGUGUGCUGCUGGCGGGACAGGACGCUGAGGAGCUGCGCCCUGCGGCACGAGGCCGCCCGGGGGCCGCAGCUUGGCAGGAAACGCCGAGGAGGAAGGCAACAUGACCCUGCAGCCCCUGAGCGGGGGAAGAUCGCUUUUGGGAGGCUAACACACUACCACCGACGGGACUACCACCUCUCAGCCCUCUCCAGCUCGGUGUUCCCAGGCGCGUUUGCAGGGUGCAAUAAUCCAGCCUUCCAGAGGAGCCCGGAAAGCUUUCCCAAGCCGCCCGCGCAGAGCUGGCACGCGGAGGCGCCGGCCUUCCCACAGGCCGUGCCGCAUCCAGGCGCCCCGCGCUCCGGGCCCGCGUACGCCCAGCUGCUCCACACGCCAAGCACCGGCCUCCUGUCCGCGACGCCAGGCCGCGCCGACCUCCCCAGGGACCUGCUGCCCCUCUACUACAGGGGCCACGAGGAUCAUAAGCUCUUAAACAAGCUGCAGAGGCCAGUUUGA